ACAGUUAACACAACAUCGAACAGUGUUUUAUAUAAAUGAUCGAAAGAUCAUAUUUUCAUUUUUAUUCUCUCAUUUUAACAAUACAAUGGAGAUUAUAAAUUGUUGGCUUCUAAAAUUGACAAUAACAUGGAUUAUAUGGACAGUUGAAUGCAAUGCAGUGGAUAAAUCGAAACGUUCUAUUCAAACUGAUGCGUUAGACAAUGUCGAAUUCAUUGGACGUGAUGUCAGUUCAAUCACACACAUGGAACUUGAAGAUGAUAAACGUAUUCGACGUGACAGUGACUUUGAACGUGGAUACGAUGAAUUUUUACGAAAUUACCAUAAAGAUAACGGUAUAGAACGCCACGGUCGAUAUCAAGUUGCGGAAAGCGAAGAAAAUGAGAGUGUAGACAGUUCGGCAGACGAGAGCGAUGAAGAUAAUGACAAUGAUGACGACGAUGGUGAAAGUGAAUCGAGUGAAGAAAGUCGAAAAAAAUAUAAAUCAAAACCACAAAAAAAUGGCAAAACAAAAACGAAAAAAUCCGAACAAAAUGCGGGAAAAAAGAAAUCGAAACAUUGUAAAACCGAAAAAAAGGGAAAUAUGGUGUGCAACAUUUGCUAUGACCCGAAAAAUGAUGCAAAAGCCGAAUCGUGCUCAUACAAUUCUGAUCCAAAAGAGAAAAACUAUGCCUACUCAGAGGAUACAAGCUAUAGCAAUCGUGACAAAGAUCCAGAGAGCUUAGAAGGUGCCACCAAUGACGAUGAAAAUGAUGACCGAGAAGGUAGUCCAAGAAAGAAACGACCACCACCGCCAGUGAAAAAAUAUCCAACAAAUCAUCGUCAUCAACAACCACAAUAUCAACAGCAAGGCCCGCGAUUCUAUGGAACUCCCCAACCAACACAUUCCAAUGGAUAUCAAAACCAAAAUGGAUACCAAAAUUACGGUCCUCAAACAUUUCUACCGCAAGCCUAUCAACCAAUUUCUAUGCGACCGAUAUCAGGCGGACGACCGAUUCGUAUUCGAAUAAAAAACGGACCACCACCCCCAUCACUUCCACCGCCGAAUGUUGCUUUGAUUCGUUAUCGCACCGUUGAACCCCCCUUUGGUAAUCAGCACAUUCGACUAAUUACUUAUCCAAGCGGUCCUGGAUCAGGAUACUUACCGCCUCCACCAUCAUCACCACAGCAACAACAAUACUACAAUAACAAUAAUAACCAUCGUCCAGUGUCGGCAGCGCAAGAAUUAAGACCGCCACGUGAUAUAAAUCGUGAUAUAAAUGGUGCGCAUAGUGAAAGUCUUUUAUCGAAUGUAACGAAAGAACACUUAUUCGAAUAUUUGCCGAAUCAUAUGGUGAGUGGUGCAGCUGCAAAUCCAAAAUAUGCGGCAUUCAUAAGCAAAGAUUGGUCAAGUUGUAGAAAAACGGUUGAAAUGAAUCAAGUUUGCUUUGAGUGUUAUGUGGAUGGUGAACGGCGAAAAGAGUGCAUGUUUGCAAAUGUGAAUCGGCCGGAUAAUUUCUAUAAAUCAUAUUCAACAUCGAAAAAAUUCAAUACCAAUCAUCCGUAUGCAUAUGAUCUACCCAUUCCGUCCGUGUCAACGCAUACCAAGCAUAGCCAAAAAAAAAGUAAGUCGCAUUCCACACAGCGCAACAAAAAUCCCGAUUAUAGUGUUGAACAAUUUGGCGGCGACGAUGGUGGUGGUGGUAAUGAUGAUGAUCGAUUCAGUGAUGAUUUGAAAUCGAAAACACAUGAAAAACGUCCAAAUGAUUCAGACGGCUGGGAUUUAAAUCACAACAGUAAACAUGAGAGACCGCAAAUAAGACCAAUCCCAACAUCAGUAGCUGAUAUAAUUUAUGGCACAGUGAAGGCCGGACAAGAACCAUUAGCUCUAUUUUUCAAAACCGAUUCUACAUCAUUCGAUACCAUCAAUAAUCUAAACAAUCACACAAAUAUCGAUUCAAAUGCCAAUAGAAAUUUCACAGUAUCAACGUAAAUGCAAAUAUCGCCAAUGUGUAAUGUGACGUGACUUGACAUACGCCAAUGGUUUUCGAUAUGAAUUCUUUUUUUUACUUACGAGCGACUGUGUUAUGAAUAUUAAGAGCACAAGUGUCAGGCAUAACACCCAUUUCACUCUUGUGCUUCUGUUUGUGUGUGUUUAUUAUUUUUUUUCUGUUUGACUCAACAACUGUUCCUAUUGAUUGCUAUAUGACGGAAACCAUUGAUUUAACUGCCACAAUGACAUAAUAUUAUUUUAUGCUUGAUUUAAAAUUAGAAACGCAUGCUACAAUUUAUACAGUAUGCUUUGAUACAACUUUUUUUUCUUUCUCUCGUUUCAACGAAAUCAAGUGGUUUCUGCUGUGCUGUCACAGAUAAUAAACACAAAUAUUUAGACAUAAGAUUUGAAUUUGUAUUAUUCGCGAUUCUUUUGUACUUCACCGCUGAAUGGAAAUCAUUUCUUAAUAUAAUUUUUAAUAUCAACUAAUGUAAUUCAAACCAACAAAAUAUUGAAUAAAUAGAAAACGAAAGUUUUUGGACAAUCAAUCAAUAACUACGAUUUUUUAUUCACUAUUUUUUGGAGACAUAA